UUUGUGUUCAUCAACUGGCAUGACCAUGGGGGAUCAGUUUGUUAAAGAAAUUCUCAGUCUGUGUUUGCAGAGGCUUGCCAUAGAAGAAGCGUCAAACUGUGAACAAGAGUUAAUUGAGGUGGUGAAGAACUUUGAGGCUGCCCGAAAGAAGUGGUUGCAUGCAGAGCUUGAGUUGAAAAAACACAAGGAGCUCUUGGUGAAGUCAGAUGUGGCUCGAGCUGCUCUGGAGGUCAAACUUAAACAUGCUCGAAACCAGCUGGAUGUGGAGAUAAAGAAACGCUACAAAGCUGAGGCCGACUACCAGUGCCUGGAACGGCAGAUGCAGUUGAUAUGUGAUGUUCUUGUGCAUGACAGCAAGUCAAGUGCCUGUCUGAAUGAUGAGCAGAGGUCAGUGCUGACUAGUUUCAGUCACAGAGGAGCCUGUGUCCCACAGCACAGAGGGAAACGAUUAUCUGUAAUUGAUGAGUCCUCCUUCCUGUCUCACUCUGACAUUAGUUAUGACAGAACUGAUGAUGAUUUGGACUUGGACAGCACUGCGUUUGUUAAGCCUCUCAAGUCAAGAGCUCGUGAGAGAAGACGUUCAUCAAUGGGCCCAAGUGUUGGUCCACCAAUGCAGAAACGGGGAAGAGUCAGCCGUUCAGGAGAUCUCCUGGGUGCUCGACCAGUGGAGAAGGAAAUUGAGACGACAAUUGUGAAAGCAUCUGUUUCUACCCCAGAGAGUGGAGGGCAGAUUCACAUGGUAAUAGACAUCACUCAAGAGACUCCAGAACAUCCAUCCAGAGCUCUCAGAAAUGAACAUUUUCCAUCUGUUGGCGAACAAACAUCUGUGUGGGCACCUAGUGAGGCCAUGGAGGCUGAGACGAUUGUUGAGAUGGAGGUGACCACCCCUGAGCCCAGACUCCCUCAGGGCUUCACACCUACCGUGGAUAAAAGUUUGCAGCAUGUAUUCCAGCAAAAAACAGUGAUUCGUCCAGAGACAUGCACACCGUGUGGGAAAAGGAUUCGCUUUGGGAAGAUUGCUGUAAAAUGUAGAGAAUGCCGAGUGGUGAGCCAUCCUGAGUGUAAACACCUGUGUCUUAAGAAGUGCAGUCCUACUGCACAUGGUUCAGCACAAUCCAAAGAGGAGAAUUUAGAAGGCUUUGCUUCAUCUACACGUCCCAGGAUUCCCUCUCUGAUCGUUCAGUGUGUUUAUGAGAUUGAGAGAAGAGGACUUGAAGAGAAGGGUAUUUACAGAGUGCCAGGAGGAGAGCGGCUGGUGAAGGAACUGAGGGAGAAAUAUAUGUGUGGCAAAGGCCCGUUGAUGCUCCACAAAGUAGAUGAGAUUCAUGCUGUCUGUGGACUCCUCAAAGACUUCCUGAGGAAACUAAAGGAGCCUCUCGUAACAUUUAAACUUCACAAAGCAUUUAUGGAAGCUUCUGAGAUGGCAGAUGAAGACAAAAGCACAGAAAUGUUAUUACAGGCUAUCAAAGAGCUGCCACUGCCCAAUAAGGAUACCCUUGCCUUCCUAAUGCUGCAUUUGCAGAGAGUUAUGCAGAGUCCAUUGUGUCAAAUGGGUCAGAAUAACUUGGCCAGAGUGUUUGGGCCCACUAUCAUUGGACAUGGGAUGCUGGAACCUUCUCCCAUGACUAUUAUGAGGGACACAAACAGCCAGCCCAAAGUUGUCGCUCGGUUACUGUCCUUCCCCUCAGAUUUCUGGGAAGGCUUCUUAGUCGAGGAGCCAGAUCAGGUCAACUGUCCUAAGGUGGUGUCCAACAUCAACAGUGCCUGCACAAGCAGAGAUAAGAUUUUUAAACCCCUGACCUCCCCUGAGUUGAGAAAAUGCACUAAAACUACAUCUAGUGGCUCAAUCAAGGGUCGAAUCAAGAACUUUGGUGGUGCUUUCAAUAACCAGAGCAAACCAAGAAAUGAACCAGGAAAAAAGAAAUUCUUCACAUCCCCGAAAUGAUGUAUUGUUUAUGGGUGCGUGUAUAAGUGUUUUGUGUGUACACAGAAUAUGUUUGUGUCUGGUAGUUGUACAGGGAUGCACUGAUUUGGUGGCUUGAAACCACAGGUUUCCACAGGUAUUGGAAGAUUGCAGCACUUUAUGUCUUACCUUUAAAACAGUUAUGUAAAUGCAAGUUUGUCCAAAAAGAUCCUAGAAGACAUGAGACUACAUUAUUUGUAUUUUCUGUAGAACAAUUAAAUUCUUAAACUUAUUAUAAUCAUGUAUAAAGGAAUUGUCCUGGAAAAUAUUUAAA